AUGGAUUUCUCUAUUCCUCCCACUUUGCCGCUAGAUCUGCAAAGUCGAUUAAAUGAAAUAAUUCAAGAUUAUAAGGAUGAAAACCUGACGAGAAAGGGCUAUGAGACUAAAAGAAAGCAAUUGCUGGAUGGAUUUGAAAUCUCGCAAAUGAGGCCUUAUACACCAAUUCGUUCUCCAAAUUCAAGGAAGUCAAAACAUCCACACAAGCGUAAUACGAGUCUCGCAUCCUCAAUCUCAUCCAUACCCAAUUCUAUUGACAGGCGUCAUUCUAUUUAUCGUGUGACAACCAUUAAUUCAACUUCUGUUAAUAAUACUCCUAGAAGACGUGGUAAAAGGUAUGCCGCUUCUUUGCAAUCGUCAUUGCCUGGCUCUACCGAGGAAAAUGCUUCCGCAAAGGACGCGAUUUAUAAUCCUAUGAUACCGUUACUACCAAGGCACCUUGAACCCGGAAAUUCGGGCGACGGAGAUCCAUCAACGACAGAUUCUUUGCCGCUGAUUUUGAGGGGACGUUUUGAACAUUAUGAUGGCCAAACGGCAAUGAUUAGUAUAAAUUCUAAAGGUAAAGAAACCUUUAUCACAUGGGACAAACUUUAUUUGAAAGCGGAAAGAGUUGCUCAUGAACUGAACAAGAGUCCCCUCUACAAAAUGGAUAAGAUUUUAUUAUGGUACAAUAAAAAUGACGUCAUUGAAUUUACCAUUGCAUUACUAGGUUGUUUUAUUUCUGGUAUGGCUGCCAUCCCUGUCUCGUUCGAGACGUAUUCCCUGCGUGAGAUUCUUGAGAUUAUAAAAGUAACAAAUUCGAAGUAUGUUUUGAUUUCAAACGCAUGUCACAAGCAGCUCGAUAAUUUGUAUUCAUCGUCAAGUAACUCAAAAGUUAAAUUGAUCAAGAACGAUGUUUUCCAGCAAAUCAAAUUCGUCAGAACAGAUGACUUAGGAACGUAUACGAAAGCAAAGAAAACUUCUCCUACCUUUGAUAUACCUAAUAUUUCAUAUAUAGAGUUUACUAGAACGCCGUUAGGUCGUCUCUCUGGCGUCGUUAUGAAGCAUAACAUCUUAAUAAAUCAGUUUGAAACGAUGACAAAAAUCUUAAACUCUCGAUCCAUGCCACAUUGGAAGCAAAAAUCUCAAAGUAUUAGGAAGCCAUUUCACAAAAAAAUAAUGGCGACGAAUUCAAGAUUUGUCAUUUUGAACAGUUUGGACCCUACGAGAUCAACCGGUUUAAUAAUGGGUGUCCUUUUUAAUCUGUUUACAGGUAAUCUUUUGAUUUCUAUCGACAGUAGUAUAUUGCAGCGAUCUGGUGGGUACGAAAAUAUCAUAGAUAAGUUUAGAGCCGAUAUUUUACUGAACGACCAGUUACAACUAAAGCAGGUUGUUAUUAAUUACUUGGAGAAUCCUGAAUCCGCAUUUUCCAAAAAGCAUAAAAUAGAUUUUAGCUGCAUCAAAUCAUGUUUGACUUCGUGUACCACUAUAGAUACCGAUGUGACUGAAAUGGUGGUUCAUAAAUGGCUGAAGAAUCUGGGAUGUAUUGACGCUCCAUUCUGUUAUUCCCCCAUGUUAACUUUAUUGGAUUUUGGUGGUAUCUUUAUCUCUAUCAGAGACCAGUUGGGAAAUUUAGAAAACUUCCCGAUUCAUAAUUCGAAACUUAGGUUACAGAAUGAACUAUUUAUAAACCGUGAAAAAUUGAAGCUUAAUGAAAUUGAAUGUAGCAUAACUGCCAUGAUUAAUUCAUCAAGUUCUUUCAAAGAUUACCUGAAAUUAGAGACAUUCGGCUUCCCAAUUCCUGAUGUUACGUUAUGCGUGGUUAAUCCAGAUACAAAUACGCUGGUACAGGAUCUGACUGUGGGAGAGGUCUGGAUUUCUUCUAAUCAUAUCACUGAUGAAUUUUAUCAAAUGGAUAAAGUGAACGAAUUCGUAUUUAAAGCAAAGCUAAAUUAUUCGGAAAUGUUUGCUUGGGCUAGAUAUGAAAUGCCAAGCGGCGAAUCAGAAGCUGUUACCGAGCAAUUGGAUACUAUUCUAAAUAUCUGCCCUGCCAGUACCUACUUUAUGAGAACCAAGCUUAUGGGGUUUGUGCAUAACGGAAAAAUAUAUGUGCUUUCACUCAUAGAGGAUAUGUUUCUUCAAAAUAGACUGGUUAGAUUAUCAAACUGGGCUCACACGUCAAACCUUCUUCAUAAAAAAGGCGGCCAACCUCCUCAAUCUACCGGUAAUGGUAACGCGGAAAGUAUUAAAACUACGGAUAUAUCAACCUCGAAUGGUGGAGCGUCUCCUGAAUAUAAGAGAGUUGUCGAAUCUCAUUACUUACAGCAGAUCACUGAGACUGUUGUAAGAACAGUAAAUACAGUAUUUGAGGUUGCGGCAUUCGAAUUGCAACACCAUAAAGAAGAGCAUUUUUUAGUUAUGGUGAUAGAAAGUUCGCUCGCCAAAACCGAAGAGGAAGAUAAGAAUAAUGUGACUGCGGAUAGCACCUUGAUAUCGUUUACAGAGAAACAGAAAGUCAAAUUGGAAACGAAAAUGAAUGACUUAACCGACCAAAUUUUUAGAAUCCUCUGGAUUUUCCAUAAAAUUCAACCUAUGUGCAUUUUGGUUGUGCCAAAAGACACUUUACCUAGAAGGUACUGUUCGUUAGAGUUGGCCAAUAGUACCGUAGAAAAGAAGUUCUUAAACAAUGAUCUUAGCGCACACUUCGUGAAGUUCCAAUUCGACAAUGUCAUAUUAGAUUUUUUACCUCAUUCGGCUUACUACAAUGAGAGUAUUUUAUCUGAACACUUGUCCAAGCUGAGAAAAAAGGCUCUACAAGAGGAGUAUACCAUUAGUGAAGUAGACUGUCGCAAGGGCGCGCCAGUUAAAUCAAAACUGGCUCUUCAGUGUAGUGGUGUCGAUUACAGGGAAGAGUCCGUUGAUACCAGGAGUCAUACUAAACUCACGGACUUCAAGUCAAUUUUGGAAAUCCUGGAAUGGAGAGUUUCCACUUACGGGAAUGAAACGGCAUUUAGUGAUGGGACGAAUACAAACGUGGCCAAUUCUUCUGCUAAUAAUGACAAUAACGUUCACAAAAAGGUAUCGUGGGCGAGCUUUGGUAAAAUUACUGCUAACUUUUUGAAAAAAAUCGUGGGAUCUAAAAUUCCACUAAAGUAUGGUGACGCUGUUAUUGUCAUGUGCGAAAAUUCCGUCGAAUAUGUUGCAAUGAUCUUGGCGUGUUUAUUUUGUAAUUUUUUGGUGAUUCCUUUACCAAGCAUCAAAGAGCUCACCGUAGAGGAGGAUCUAAAAUUUCUGGUCAAUAUCAUUCAAAGCUACAAAGUGAAAAGGCUCUUUGUUGAUGGCAAAUUGCAUUCUUUAUUAGAUAAUAAUAAUAUUGUAAGCAAAUGCUAUAAGAGAUACAAGAGUUUAAUACCCAAGAUAACAGUCUUCUCCAAAGUUAAGGCAAAGAACGCAUUAACAAUAUCUAUGUUCAAAAAUGUUUUGAAGCAGAAAUUUGGGGCCAAACCAGGUACUAGGCUUAACAUGACACCAUGCGUCAUAUGGAUAAACACAGAAUAUGACGUGACAUCUAAUAUUCAUGUAACUAUGACACAUUCGUCGUUACUCAAUGCAAGUAAAAUAGUUAAAGAAACGUUGCAGUUGAGGAAUAACAGUCCGCUUUUUUCCAUAUGUUCUCAUACAUGCGGAUUGGGAUUUAUGUUCAGUUGUUUGUUAGGAAUUUAUACAGGUGCUUCGACGUGUUUAUUUAGCCUCACCGAUGUUUUAACUGACCCUAAGGAGUUUUUGAUUGGUCUCCAAAAUCUAAACGUAAAGGACUUGUAUUUGAGGCUCGAAAACUUCUAUUCCUUACUGGAUAGAGCUUCCAAUUUAAUCGAGGGAUCCAAACAUAAAAAGGAAAAUAUAAGCUCAGGGAAAAACAAUACUUCUAGUUCUGUCAGAGAAGAUAUCUUCAAAGGCGUCCGAAAUAUCAUGAUUCCUUUCCUCAACAGACCAAGAGUAUAUACUAUCGAAAACAUUCUGAAGCGUUAUCCAACAAUUUCUUUAACACCUACACAAAUAAAUUAUGUUUAUCAACAUCAUUUCAAUCCAGUUAUAUCGCUGAGAUCAUACUUAGAUAUCCCACCGAUUGAUUUAUAUCUAGAUCCCGUUUCACUAAGAGAAGGUAUAAUUAGAGAGGUUAAUCCCAAUGAUAUGACAAUGAAUGGUAAAGCUUAUAUCAAGGUUCAAGAAUCUGGUGUUGUUCCGGUGUGCACCGAUGUUUCAGUAGUCAAUCCAGAAACACUGCUGCCAUGUGUUGAUGGAGAAUUCGGUGAGAUAUGGUGCUGUUCGGAGGCUAAUGCAUUUGAUUACUUUAUUUGUAACGGUUCAAAGAACAGAUUGUACAAAGAUCCAUUCAUUACAGAACAGUUCAAGAGCAAGAUGAAGAGUGAAAUGAAUAAUACGUUGAGCUAUCUAAGAACUGGUGAUCUGGGCUUUAUUAAGAAUGUCAGCUGUACCAAUUCACAAGGAGACGUCGUUAAUUUGAACUUGUUAUUUGUUUUGGGAAGCAUCCAUGAAUCCAUUGACAUUUUGGGAUUGACGCAUUUCGUUAGUGAUCUGGAGAGAACCGUCAAGGAGGUGCAUGCCGAUAUCGGUAGUUGUCUGAUUGCGAAAGCUGGCGGUUUAUUAGUGUGUUUGAUUAGAUGUAAGGAACGCCGUAACCCCAUAUUAGGCAACUUGACGACUUUAAUCGUUUCAGAGUUAUUAGGUAAGCAUGGUGUUAUUUUAGAUUUAUGCGCAUUCGUGAAGACUAAGGGUAUCAGCUCGAAAAAUUCCAGUAUGAUAAUGGACGUAUGGGCAAAGAAUCGAGCAUCAAUAAUGCAAGCUUGGUUUGAUCAAAGAAUUCAGAUAGAAGCACAAUUCGGAAUAAACUAUGGUGAAAACAUCUCAAUAUAUUUGCUAUCAGACUACGAAAAGGACAAUAUAUAA